AUGAAGCGCAUGGUAACCAAGGAUGAUGAAAUGUUGCCAUCACAUGCAUUACAUGCUAUCAAGCAUUGUGAUCCAGUUAUAUUUCCUAAUAUAUUUGUUUUAUUAAAAGUUCUAUGUACACUUCCCGUCUCGACUGCAACGCCUGAGAGAUCCUUUUCUAGUUUAAAAAGAGUAAAAUCCUAUCUCAGAAAUUGUAUGAAAGAGGAUCGUCUUAAUGGAUUGGUGCUCCUGAGUUGUUACAGGAAUAUUGAAAUCACACCAGAAGAAAUAUUAGUUGAAAUGGCCAAAAAGCCGAGAAAAAUAGAUCUUCUGUUAUAA